AUGGCGACCCCCAGCCCCUGCAUCGUGAUUGGCGAUGAUGAACAAGGUUACGACCUGGACUUGUUCUGCAUACCUAAACAUUAUGCAGAUGACUUGGAAAAAGUCUAUAUUCCUCAUGGGCUCAUCAUGGACAGGACGGAGAGACUGGCACGAGAAAUUAUGAAGGGCAUGGGAGGACACCACAUUGUAGCACUCUGUGUACUCAAAGGUGGCUAUAAAUUUUUUGCUGAUUUAUUAGACUACAUCAAAGCACUGAACAGAAACAGUGAUAAAUCAAUCCCCAUGACUGUCGACUUCAUUAGGCUGAAGAGUUAUUGUAAUGACCAGUCAACUGGGGAUAUAAAAGUCAUUGGUGGAGAUGACCUCUCAACCUUGACUGGAAAGAAUGUUUUGAUCGUAGAAGAUAUAAUUGAUACUGGUAAAACAAUGAAAACAUUGCUGUCUCUCCUUAAGCAAUACAAUCCAAAGAUGGUGAAAGUAGCCAGUUUGUUGGUAAAAAGAACUCCUCGAAGUGUGGGAUACAGGCCAGACUUUGUUGGAUUCGAAGUGCCAGACAAAUUUGUUGUGGGAUACGCCCUAGACUACAAUGAAUACUUCAGAGACUUGAACCACAUCUGUGUGAUCAGCGAGACAGGCAAGCAGAAGUACAAAGCAUGAGAGCAGAUUUGAAGUGCUACCACAACAGAGCUUGGAAACUUUUGUUUGUCUGUUUACUGAGUCCUAUCUUUCACCUCUGGUACACCAGCUAAAAAUUGUAGAAGGCCCCAGCUUACUAUAAUUUAUUGCAUGUAUCAUAGAAGAGUUCCUCUUGUUCAUUUCUGUUUGGAAAAAACAUAAAGCAAGCAGUGCAGCUCUGCACUCCUUAUUUUGAUUUGCACUAUGACUCUACUCUUGCUGCCCCUGGUUGGGUUGUGCUGUUUGUUGAGCUCCAGAGUCUGAUAAACUCUUGCAGUGGUAAAUUGCUUCAACCUCAUCGACCCAGAACUGAGAGAUAGUUCAAGUACUGUAAAUGUAAAAUAUUUUUAUGCUAGGCAAGUGUAUUAGUAAUAUUAAAACAAAACCACACACACACACAAAAAAAAACCAACCAAACCACAGUUCUGUAAUUUAAGUUUUUGUAUUUUAAUGCACAAAUGUGAUUGUGGUUUAAUGGAGAGUUGCAUCUUUGGGUGCUCUAAAGCAUGAGGAGCAGCCAGUUACAGUAUCUGUAAUCUCCAAGGAGCUCAUUCAGGUCUCCUGGAGUUGCCUUAUUGCUGUAAAGGAAGUCUGAGGGAAAAAUGUCUCUUUUUUUUUUUU